UGCAUGUUGUUAAGGUAAAAGCCUUGCCAAGUUCCAUGGCUAUGAAAUCUGCCCUGUUAUCUCUGUAUUGACAAACCUUGUGUUCUUAUUAGGCAAUGAGAUCUGAUUGAACAAGAUUGCUCAGCUGGAGCACAGCUCCACGGAAGCUACCAGCUGGUUCAAGGAGCAACAAUGGAUUGGCCCCAUCAAAGAUGUAGUAGGUGUUGGGAGAAGACAUCUCACCUGAAAUGGAGGUGAUCGAAGGAGCUGAACACUGACUGCACCAACAUGGGGCUGCGACUGCUGGCUUGUCUUUUCCAUUUGCCCACUGCAGUGAUCUACGGGUCUCUGUCGCUCUUUGUUUCCAUUUUGCACAACGUGUUCCUCCUGUACUACGUGGACACCUUCGUCUCUGUUUACAAGAUUGAUAAACUGUCCUUUUGGAUAGGAGAGACAGUGUUUCUGAUCUGGAACAGCCUCAAUGACCCUCUGUUUGGCUGGCUGAGUGACCGAGUAUUCCUUAGCACACAGCAGGCAGGAGCAGAGAUUUCAUCCCCUGAAGUAGUUCUGAAGAGGCUCAGAGCACUAAGCCACAAUGGCCCCCUCUUUGCCAUUUCUUUCCUUUCUUUCUGGGUUUCCUGGGCUCAUCCUGGUUUGCAGUUCCUCCUUUGCCUUUGCAUGUACGACAGCUUUCUCACCAUGGUUGACCUCCAUCACAACGCCUUGCUUGCAGACCUGGCUGUUUCAGCAAAAGACAGGACGAGCCUCAACUUCUACUGCUCCCUCUUCAGUGCCAUAGGCUCCCUGUCUGUCUUCAUGUCCUAUGCAGUGUGGAACAAGGAGGACUUCUUUUCCUUUCGCAUAUUUUGCGUCCUGCUGGCCCUCUGCUCCAUUGUUGGUUUCACCCUGUCCACACAGCUGCUCCGCCAGCGGUUUCAGGCUGAUGGGAAAGCGAAAUGGGACCAGGAAUCAACCCUGAAAGAGCUGUACAUUGAGAAACUCUCCGUCCCCCAGGAGAAGAGGAUCACCCUGGCAGAGUAUCUCCAGCAGCUCUCCCGGCAUCGUAACUUCCUCUGGUUUGUCUGCGUGAAUCUCGUCCAGGUUUUUCACUGCCAUUUUAACAGCAACUUCUUCCCUCUGUUCCUGGAGCACCUGCUGUCAGACCAGAUCUCUGUCUCUACUGGAUCCUUCCUGCUUGGUGUUUCCUACAUUGCCCCCCAUCUCAACAACCUCUACUUCCUGUCGCUCUGCCGCCGCUAUGGGGUUUACGCUGUGGUGCGAGGACUCUUCUUCCUGAAGCUGGCUCUGAGUGUUGUCAUGUUCCUGGCAGGACCUGAUCAGGUGUAUCUGCUCUGCAUCUUCAUUGCCAGCAACCGCGUGUUCACAGAAGGGACCUGUAAGUUACUCAACCUGGUGGUCACUGAUUUGGUGGAUGAGGAUCUAGUCCUGAACCGUAGGAAGCAGGCAGCCUCAGCCCUGCUCUUUGGGAUGGUGGCUCUGGUCACCAAACCGGGCCAGACUUUUGCCCCUCUGAUUGGCACCUGGCUGCUCUGUGAGUACACAGGCUAUGACAUCUUCCAGCGCAACCCCCUGAACAAUGUGGUGAGUGCCCAGCCGAAGCUGGAGUCUGCUGCAGCCUUGGAGCCAACUCUUCGCCAGGGCUGCUUUUACCUCCUGGUCUUUGUGCCCAUCGCGUGCGCCCUGCUGCAGCUCCUCAGCUGGUCACAGUUCAGCCUGCGUGGGAAGCGGCUGCAGGUGGUGAAGGCUCAGCGGCAGAGCCUGACACAAGGCCAAGCACCAGAGGUCAAAACAAUCUAAGGGUGCCUGAGCCCCCCAGGAUGCUGCUGGUUCCAGGCUGGUGCUGGAGGGCAGGUGAAGGGCAGGGAUGGUGGGCUGAGAGAGCCUGAUGUUCAUGGUUCAGCUGUGAAAUGCUGUGAUGCCAAUGUUUGUUCACUCCAGGUGGUCAUCACUGGGGAAGGCAGAGAGGUUCAGCAUGUGUGGGGCCUGAGAUAGAUCGCUUGAUCUCAGAAGCAAGAACAUUUUAUCCCAGCCUGUCCCAGGGAGCAGAGCUGCUCAUUCCAGCAAAGAGGUGCUGGGUUGCAGGUGCUAGAAAACAGACACAUCCCCUAUGUACUUCUCUGCAUUGGGCAUGGCUCUAGGGAGCCACAGCCUCUGCAGCUGAACAGGAGGAGACUUCACAGGGAGUCCUUCACCAGAGCCUUUCACCCUUGUGCAGUGGGAAGCUUCUGAGGGACAAAGUGACCAAGGGAAUGAUUGUCAAACAGGAGCAGGGAUGACAGGACCUUGAAGGCCUUUCCCAGUAGAGAACCCUCUGCUGGGAAAGGUAGAACCCUCCCACUUGCAGUGCUGUGGUUCUUGGACCAAAUCCAUUCUUAAGCAUUUGUUGUUCAUGAGACAAUAUGCUGCACAGCCAGGAUCUGCUGGGUGUGCUGUUUUAUGCUGAGGUUCCCUUCUCUGUGGCCUUGUAGAGGAAGUUGUUGCUGGCCUGGAAAAGGUGCUGGGCUCGAACUGAGUUCAGAGCCCUGAGCUGUAUCAUUUCACCAGGCAUCCCAUUGCAUGUGUUUAUUCCUCAUUUGCCCUCCACAGUCCCUACUACUCAGUGCUGUCACACAGCUGUACCAUGAGUCCCCUCCCAUUCUGGGCAAGGUCAGGGAGCCAACCCCUAAUUCAGCCACUGGCAGUGCCUCCCUGCCCAGGGCAAUCCCAGGUGACCCGGUGAGGCAGCCUGGUGCCCUCCCCUCUUGCAGGAGAGCACAGCUUGAAGGAGACACCAGGUCUUGCUUUUGUGCCUUUGAUUCCUCUUUGGAGCCUGUCUGACACAGUACUGGGCAGUCACAGGGUGGGGAUUUUACCCCUGUGGGGAGGGGCAGACACCUCAGCUCCUCUGUGCUAGAAACAGUGCCCAAGUUAGAUCAUCUCACCUGCUGAGAGCAGGUCAGAGAGCUGCUGAGCCAGGGACCCAAGGAGAGCAGGUGCUUUGGUCUCCCUGGUUUUGGUUGAGAGCAGAUGACAGGUAAUCACUGAAGGGGUCCCUGAGGCAAGGGAGUGACUCCUCAAUCCCUGUAAUGUGUUUGGGGGCAAGGAGAAGGGAUGUGCCAAAGCCUGUGCCUGCCUGCUGCAGGAAGGUGGGCUGGGCAGGCAGUGUUUGAAGCUGUUGCACGUUGAGGGAUGUUCUUUGUUUAGUCCCAGGUUCCCUCUGGGGUCUCAGCCCACCAGCCUGCCAUCUUGCCUCAGGACAUGGCUGCCUUCUGUCUUGGACCAAGACAUUCCUGCCAUGAGGCUGCUGUAGUUCUUACUGGUUCAAUCAUAAGUGAUUUGUGCAAUUUCUGACCAAGUUUGAGAAUGAUUCUCCAUUUCAUAAAUUAAAGAUGAUCUUUUUCUGAA